GCUGGUCGAAAAGAACGUUUCUCUCACGACUCGGACAUCACUAAAAUCGCAUGGCGAGGCUGAGGCAUUGUAGAUUAUUUGGGGAACGUUUCGCUCUUCCCCUCGGUAGAGGCCUUGUCCAUGGCGUUCUUGCAGAGGACUGGAGACUACUGCCACGCUCAACAUCCUCUUGUUUGAACCAGAAAAGAAUGCUCGACGUGCUACCCGCUGGCCUGAUCUGAUUUCUGGAUGCGCCAAGUCUUCCCUCUACUGCCAGUGGUCUUACCACCCAAAACUCUUCAGAAAUCUAAUGGGGUGAUCUUACCUCUCUGGCUACAGUAAGCCAUUAAAGAGAGGAUUCGGGUUUUGGAGACUUUAAACAUCAAGGCGCGCAAAACCCCACGUCUUUAAAGGUUUUAUUUUAUUUUUUUAAUCUGAGACUGAACACAUCGGUGAAGAGCGUACAUUGGGUGAACUUGGUUCUUUUGAAGGUUGGACACUUACGUUUAAGGCGGCACAAUGGCUCGGAUGAACCGGCCGGCCCCUGUGGAGGUGUGCUACAAGAACAUGAGGUUUUUGAUUACUCACAACCCAACAAACUCCACUCUAAACAGCUUCAUUGAGGAUCUUAAGAAGUACGGUGCCACAACGGUGGUCAGAGUUUGCGAGAUAACCUACGACAAAACCCCACUGGAGAAGGAUGGAAUCACAGUUGUGGACUGGCCUUUUGACGAUGGAGCUCCGCCUCCCUCCAAGGUGGUGGAGGACUGGUUGAGUUUACUGAAGAGACGCUUCAUGGAAGACCCCGGCUGCUGUGUGGCUGUGCACUGCGUGGCCGGUCUUGGAAGAGCUCCAGUCCUCGUGGCCGUGGCUUUGAUCGAAAGUGGGAUGAAGUAUGAAGAUGCCAUCCAGUUCAUCAGACAGAAACGCAGGGGCGCCAUAAACAGCAAGCAGCUUACCUAUCUAGAGAAAUAUCGGUCCAAACAGAGACUGCGCUACAAGCACCCUCACUUUUUCAAGAACAAGUGUUGCAUCAUGUGACUGAAUCCUCACUCCACUGUUCUGAACCGAGCUGAACCUGACCACAACUGAUGCACUUUGCUGAUUUGCCAUUAAAAUACAAACGGAUUCGGUCUGGUCGAACGAUCCCACUGGUGCCUCAAUCUCCUUCACUCGGUUCGUGGUGUGGAUACUGCCAUGGCCCAUCUGAGGCUUGCCGUUUGGAGGUCACCAAAAGGCUGCGUAUCUCGGAGGUCAAUGAGAUAGCAACCUAUGACCUUUGACCCUGCACCAAGACUAAUCAUGCCUCAAAAGAUGGUGAUUGUCUGAAAGAACCAGCUGGUGUGAAAACAAUGUGAAUCUUGGAAAAAAUGUGCCCUUUCUUGCUUUCACUACUCUGUUUUUCUUUCUGUACUCUCUUGCCUUGAGUCAGAUUUUUAGACAACUUACAGCUCCUUUAAAACUCGGUUUUCAGCACAAAUCGUUUUACUUCGGACCUUUUCCAUGAUGCUUUGAUGUUUUGUUAGCUAACAUUGGUCAAAGUGCACUUGAGAAGGGCUCACGUGAAAGAUUUCCAUAAACCAACUCUCUGCUACUUCUAGUAGACUGAGGACCAGAUGUUAAAUGAUUUUAAAAGAGAUAGAUGAUGGCCUGUGAAUUUAUCAAGGAAAAUGCUUAUUAUGUGUGUAUAUGUGCUUAACUUGUUCUUUCCCAAUGAAACUGUUUGGUCAUUUGGGUAAUUAUAAUGUGUUAAAUGGUUUAGACCUUUCAGGACUCCCUGGGAAUGGUUUAUCACAGGUUGAGCCAUCUAUGAUACUUGUCAUGUGGAUGAAUUACUCAGUGAUCAAGUUUAAAGGUGGUUUAAAAUGCUUCUCUUUUUAAGAACACCCCUCCAGCUGUAUAAUACAAAUAAAGGCUGUGCAAUCAUGA